UCUCAGGGAAGAUAAUCAUUAAGUAACUAGGUUACAAAGUCACCUACACCUGAGGAUUAAAUGGUUAUCAAAUCCAUUAGAGUAGAUGAGCUUUUCUUGGUGGUAUAUGUAGCAUUGUAAGAGAAUAGUGUUUAGGAGAAAGCCCUGGAACAUCAACAUGAAGAGAUUGACAAAACAGAAAUCAAUCAGAGUUACGGAGGAUGCCUGGUCAGGUAGAUAUGAGGAAAAUGAAUAUAUGUGUCUCAGAAGGUAAUGGAUAAGAUUGUUUUAUAAAAGUUGAGAUAUUGUUACAUGUUAAAGAGAAGUGAAGAAAAGUCAUUUCCAAUCAUAGACAUUCUGACUGUAGAGAUUUGGAGUAUAGGAAUGGUAAUUAUUGUGAUGAGAGUGAUGUAAAGUAUCUUUGCAGAGCACCCAGCAGGCCAUGUAUCAUAGAAAUAUGUUCAUUUUUAAAUUCAGGUUUUAAUGGACACUAUAAUUUCUUCCUAAAAUGCUGAAGACAGAGCAUGACAGGAAAGAAUCAAACUGUUGUCUUAGAAUUCCUCCUCCUGGGCCUGCCCAUCAAGUCAGAGCUGCGAGACCAGUUCUAUGCCCUGUUCCUGCUCAUGUAUGUUACCACCAUCCUGGGGAACCUGCUCAUCAUCGUCCUCAUUCGCCUGGACUCCCGCCUCCACACGCCCAUGUAUUUGUUUCUCAGUAACUUGUCCUUCUCUGACCUCUGCUUCUCCUCUGUCACAAUGCCCAAUCUGCUGCAGAACAUGCAGAGCCAGGUCCCGUCCAUCCCCUAUGCCGGCUGCCUGACCCAGAUGUACUUCUUCCUAUUUUUUGGAGACCUGGAGAGCUUCCUCCUGGUGGCCAUGGCCUAUGACCGCUAUAUGGCCAUCUGUUUCCCCCUGCACUACACCACCAUCAUGAGCCCCAAGCUCUGUCUCUCCUUGGUGGUGCUGUCCUGGGUGCUGACUGCUGCCCAUGCCAUGUUGCACACCCUGCUCAUGGCCAAGUUGUCCUUCUGUGCCGACAACAUAAUCCCCCACUUUUUCUGUGACAUGUCUGCUCUGCUGAAGCUGGCCUGCUCUGACACUCGAGUCAAUGAGUUGGUGAUAUUUAUCAUGGGAGGGCUCAUUCUCAUCAUCCCAUUCCUACUCAUUGUCAUGUCUUAUGCACGGAUUGUGUCCUCCAUCCUCAGGGUCCCUUCUGCCAGGGGCAUCCGCAAGGCCUUCUCCACCUGUGGCUCCCACCUCUCUGUGCUGUCUCUUUUCUAUGGGACAGUUAUCGGUCUCUACUUGUGCCCUUCAGCUAAUAAUUCUGCUGUUAAGGAGACUGUGAUGGCCGUGAUGUACACUGUGGUCACCCCUAUGCUGAAUCCCUUCAUCUACAGCCUGAGGAACAGAGACAUGAAGGGAGCCCUGGGAAGAGUCUUUUGUGGAAAGAAAAUUCCCUUCUCUGUAUGAUGGUAACAUUUGGUAUUUUUACAUAUUUCUAUCUAGUAGAUAUAAUAAUAUUGGAAUAUUAUCCCAGAUUUUUUUUCCCUUACCAUGGAAACUUUCUGCUAAAAUCACAUACUAAAUUCAAUAUGUAAAAGAGAUGAAGUGGAGGUGUAUAGUUGAAGGAGGGAAGAGAGGUCUUGGUGACCUGCUGGCUAAGCCUUCUCUUUGUGUUUCCUCAGUGAUCCUGAAAAAGUGCACUUUAAAAACUCCUGUUUUAAAUGAUCUUCAUGCCUUAUAGUCUUUAACUAAUUUAUCAUAGGAGACUAUGUUUUUUUUAAGCCUGAACUCUGCUUUGAUUAUGGUAUGAUUUAAAAAUAAUUCUCUAUAUUCUUAGGUCAAGACUAAAUAAGCUCCACCAUAUCCACCUCCCAGCUUCCCUCUAAACAUCUCCUACUUACCUCUCUCUGCACAAGAUUCACAUCACUUUAUCUCUCAACCUUUUCCCCCUCUUACUUAUUUUCAUGUCUACUCUGUUUUCUGACCUGGCCUGACCUGAAAUGGAGUUUUCUAGCCCUUUGCUACAGGAGUGUAUUUUGUCUUUACCUGGGAAUAACUAAUACCCAGGGGACCUAAAACUGAUUUCCCCAGGAAUGGCGAAAGAAGCUGGAAGCUGGUAGACAAAUUCAGAGUUUAAGGAUACCUCUUUUCUGUUUGAUAUUUUGGACCUUAUAAAAGAACUUUAUAUCUGUAUGUUUACACUACCAUCACCCUCAUGACAAUUCCAAGGAUUGGGGUAGAUAUUAUUACUGUUUCACAGACUGAAAAAUAUAGCAUUCAAUUACUUGCCAAGUCACACAGUAUGUCAACUGUUGAAUCUAUGGAAGAUCCCAGACUAAGUAAUUCUAUAAUUUCUUCUCAUAUUCUUUCACUUUAGAAAGAAGGGGAGCAGCCAUUAAAAACAAGACAAAACAAACCUCUCUUAGCUUCAUUUAUGGCAUGGACUAGUUUUCCAACCUUGGUCCAUAUGUAUCCUCAGCUGUCCCCUUAAGUUAUGGCAUCCAAACCCACCACUUUGAUCCUCAGGUAUGUUCUGGUGACUUCCACAUCUCUAUCUGAAGCCAAGACUCUUCUCAAGAGUUCCAGACCAUUAUUCUCAUCUAUCCAUUGGAUGUCUCUACUUGAGGGUUUAUGAACACUUCAAGCUCAACAUGCACAUUAUUAAACUCUUUAUGUUCCUUCAGGUCUGCUCUUUGUCCUUUAUUCUACCUCUUGAUUUCUGAUGUCACCUUCUACCCAGUUACCUUAACAGCCACCUAUGUAUAUGUAUAUAUGUUCAUAAAAGUCGAUUAUAGUUUAUAUAAUCUUGCAUUAUACAUUUUCAUUUAAUAUUUCAUUUCUUGAAAUAUUUUAUUAUAUUUAUGAGGUAGCUAGCUAAGGUAACACUAGUUGCUAUACUGGAUAAAUUCUGAAAUCUCAUUGCCAUCAUACAACAAAUAUAUAGUGGCAAGAAAAAGAUUAAAUUAAUGCACUUCCAUCCGUAACAAAAAUUCCAUUAAAAAAGACAAUGAAAAAUA